AUGGUGGAGGCUGACUCGGUAAGAUUGUUGCCUUAUUGUAGGCAUGCCUUCCAUGUUCCCUGCAUUGACAAAUGGUUCUCCGCACAUUUUAACUGCCCAAUUUACCGAGCACCCAUGGCUGCUGCGCCAAUAAUUAUGGAAAACCCCUUGCCUAUAGAGAUUCAGAUCAGUGCUCAUGUUGAAGGAGGUGAUGACGGUGUUGAUAAUAUUAGCGCUUCCACUUUGAGGAGGCAUGUGCGAUCUGGCGGUUUGCCUCGCCACUGUCCGGCCUCCCUUGUGUUGCCCAAGGAAGGAAAGCGGCCACGACGUUUGAAAAGGUCCUUUUCCAUGGGUCAAUCUUAUGUCGCUAUUAACAUACGAGGAGAGAGCGAAAAAACAGUUUCGGCUGCUUCUACUUCCUCUUCCUCUUCUUCAUGCUCUAUAAAAGAUGUUACAAUGCAGAGUAGUAGACCGUAUAGAUCAGCAAGUUGCAACAGCAUCUGUGACGCAGUUAGAUGA